UCGUGUUUAAGAAGAAGAGAAUAAUGAAGCUUUUUAUGAAAUAAUAUUUGGGUUUAUUUUGUUUUAUUUUCUCCUCACAGACUCACAUUUACGUCAACGUCCGUUACGUUGGUGACGUCACCGCGAGCGCGAGAAGUCGAAGUCGAAGUGAAGAGCAGAAAGCAGUGUUAAUGUGUAUCAGUAUGAAGCAGGCGGUGAUGGCGCACUGAUUCACUCUCGGAGCCCGGUUCACUAAUGACCGAAUCAUCGAGGAACCGACCAAAGAUAACUCGCACCCGCACGGAGAACAACAACAAGACGAGAAGAAGUCUGACUGAUAAGAUGCGCACGACUUUAACAUCAUGAAGGACCUUUCCACUCACACCAGACUGACCCCAGAACAGUGAGAGAACCGCCUCAACAGAUUCAUCAACAACAUGAGCAGGAAUGCCAGUGUUCAGACUACACUCAGCACAUGGGGUCUAAGCUUUGAGAACGAGCUGCUGAAUCUGACUGGAAGAGUUCUUCCUGCUGAGAGGAUCCUACAGGGAGCGAGAGCAUACGAGUACAACCCAUGUGACGCGGAUUGGUCUAAAGAGAUGCGAGGUCUUCCUCUGAUGACCAGCAUGCCUCUGUUGAUCUGGCUGCUGUCCCAUACGCGCCGUAACGCUGACGUCGCUCACUCACUGCUGCAGACCCUCAACAAAGUGCCCGUGGGCAUCCAUUUUCAGAGGCCGGGAAUGAUGGAGUACGAUGAUCGACAGGAGGCUCUGCUGAGAGCUCUGCAGCAGAGAGCGGUGCAACAGGUUCAGAUGUCGUUUCACCCCACACAGUCCCUGAGUGUGGACUGUCCCACUCCAAGCCAGUGUGUGGUGGCUCACACCCUCAGCAGACCUCAGACCCUCAUGACCAUAGCCCCAAAGAUCUCCUUGCAGAUGAACUGGAAGAUGGAAGGAGAGCCGUGGAGCGUUGAGAUCCCGUUGAAGCACCUGAUGUUGGUAUCGACUGCUACCACGACAGUGCCGCAGGAAAGAGAUCCAUCGGUGCACUGGUGGCCAGCCUCAACCCGGGCAUGUCCAGCUGCGCUGAAGGCCUACUUCAAAUACAACGAAUGUUUGCCGUCACGCAUCAUGGUGUAUCGAGACGGCGUGGGCGACGGCGUGCUGCUGAGCGUAGUCAACUAUGAAGUGCCUCAGUUCACGCAGUCCAUCAAGGCCAUGGGUGAAGAUUACGCGUCUUUCUGAUCGCAGCUUCAGGUUGUGAUCGGGGCGUUAUAAACGCUGAUGGCUUGAUUCGUCAGGUACAACUUCUUCCUCGUGAGUCACAAAGUGCGCUUCAGCAGUGUGGCCCCCACUCACUACAACGUGGUGUACGACAGCAGUGUCCUCAAACCAGACCACAUGCAGAGACUCACCUACAAACUCUGCCACCUGUAUUACAACUGGCAGGUAAAAGCCACACACACACACACGUGUUCAUACAAGCCCGCUUUCUACACAACCCCAGAUCAUGCUGAUUGAUGAUGUAAGGAUUGAGGAUGUGGUCAUUUUCUUUAAUCGCACGUCUAUCAUUAGAGAAUCCGCAUCGUGUGAUCAAAAACGGAGAACGCGCAUGAAUUUGUUACAGAAUUUGUCCAAGAUUUUAUUGGGAAUGUUUCGUACAGUGUUGACGAUCUAAAUAGCUUAAUUUAGCUUAAAACCAUGUAAUUGCAGGGUUAAAGAUACGAGCUAUACGAGAUCAAGCCUGUGAUCAGAGCGUCCGUAUGAUCUAUGUUUACAAAACCGCAAGAACGGAAGCGAAAUGCUAUCAAACAAGUCAGAGUUAAUGUAUUGUUCUGAUGACUGAAGGAAAAUUUUACUUAACGGUUCUGUCUUAAGGGUGAGCUGAGGUUGUGUAUAAUCAGUUUAGUAGAGAGAGAGAGAUAGAGUGAGUGAUGUAGAAAAAAGGAAAUAAAGAAUUAACAGGUGCUGUGAAUUGAGGAUGUGUAGAAAAAAAGUAUAUUUAAAGCAGAUGAAUGAGUGUAUUAGAAGCCGGGAAAGGUGAGGUUUCCUUCACGUGUUUCCUGGAGGAUGCAGUAGAGGUGUGUGUGAUUCCAUAUAUUAUAUUAUGUUUUAUAUAUAUACACACAUACACACACACACACACACACACACACACACAUACAUAUAUACAUACGGUUGUGUGGUUUUAGAAACAUCUGGGACUUGAAUAUUCAGUGUGCACAUGAUAGAUGUGCUAUAUAUUGUAAUUUAGAAACAGGUGGAUUACACUAAUUUUACACUAAAUAUGAAACUUAUUCACUUCGACUGAACAUUAAAUGAAUCUCAGAACUGAGACAGUAUUAAACAGUCAGUAACAGAGGCCCCUGUGAGAAUCAGAACCUCAGCUUUAAUCAGUGUUGUGGAAUGUGAUAUGAUCAAAUCAACAAGUUAGUAACCGGUUUAUGACGGUCGUGAGUGUGGCUCUGUGACAUUUAACACCUUCAGCAAGACUUUAACGCGAACACGCUUUAAACCGGUAUUUCCCGUCGCAGCACGCGCACAAGUUUGUUUAAGAUUAGCACGCGCACACUUAUAAUAUUGUCACUACAGAGCCCAUGGAAAUUAAUGCUACUUUUAAAUGGUUUUACUCUUCACCUUAUAAAUCUGAAUUUCCUGCAGACGAUACUAAAGUGAAUGCAUUUCUUCAAGACCUUUGUAACCCUGUUAUUGAUUCGAAUACUGCCAUGCAACUGGACUCCCCACUCUCUUGAAGAAAUUUGAAUUCAGUUAAAACUAUGCAGUGCAACAAAGCUCCUGGCCCGGAUGGGUUCCGAUUAAAUUGUUUAAAGCAUCUAUUGGAAAAUUAGCUCCAUUGCUUUUAUCUGUGUUCAACGAAUCCUUGGAAUGUGGGUCUUUGCCUCCAACUCUGACACAAGCCACUAUAGCUCUGCUUCUUAAGGAGGGUAAGGAUCCAUCCUCCUGUGGUUCUUAUAGGCCGCUGUCUCUGCUUAAUGCAGAUGUAAAGGUGUUGGCGAAUGUAAUGGUAUCUCGUUUAGAGAACGUUAUCCCUUAUAUCUGAAGAGCAAACCGGUUUUAUAAAGGGACAUCAGUUGUUUCUCAAUACACGUACGCUCUAUAAAUUAUUCAAAGCAUUCGACUGAGAUUGUGAUUUCUUUAGAUGCUGAAAAAGCAUUUGACAGGGUUGAGUGGCUUCAAUCCACAUCAGAGAGGAAUGAUUUCUAGGAUUUAUGAUUUUAUUCUGGCGUUAGGUAGUGAGUCGAGUACCAAAAUUAAGAAUGCGUGGGAAAUGGAGUUAGGAGUACAGAUAAGUGAGGGGUGUUGGGAACGUGCUAUAGGGAGGGUACAGUCUACCACUUCCUGUGCUCAUCUUGGACUCAUCCAGUUCAAAGUUUUACACAGAGUCCAUUUGUUAAAGUCGAGACUUUCUGUGAUGUAUCCAGACGUAGAGGACAAGUGUGAUAAAUGCCAUGGCUCUCCCUGUCAUCUUGGACAUAUGUUUUUCUUUUGCCCUGAUCUCCAUGGUUUUUGGACUGGUUUCUUUACUGUCAUGUCCAUUAUUGUCAGAGUAGAUUUAAAUCCUUGCCCACUCAUUACUAUAUUUGGGAUUCCUGAUGCCUCAGUUCUAUUACGCUGUGUACAAAAAGAUAUUAUCACUUUCACAUCCCUUAUAGCAAGACGUUCCUGCGACUGGUUCAUGUAAAUAACUCGUACAGUCAGGCAGGUGUUGGUUGUUUAAAGAAACCUUUUAUUUAACAAAAACCAAAAUAAAAAUCGGCCCCUCAAAUCUUCCACCUCCUUCUGAAAAGACAGACGAAA